AAUCGGUAUACCACACCAAAUGACCACCACAUUUACGUUCACCACACAGCAAGCUUGUCAAGCCAUGAGCACCAUCGUCGGACGCCUGCAGGCGCGCGUGCAGCGUUGGCACCUGCUAGGGCGCUACUACGUCAACAAGUGGCACUACGAUGGAUCAAAAUGGGCGGAGAGGGUGUGGUACGGCCAGGGAAGCACGGGAAACGGCCCGCAAGUGGCCUCUGUAGCCUUUAUGAUCACGCGCAGCAUGCGGCAGCAGUUAUUGGGCGCGGGUUUUCCUCCUUCGGCCAUCUCGACGCUGCAACCGGCCGCGGCACAGAAGAUCAUCGCCGACAAAAUCACAUUUGUGCAGUUUGAGGAGCUACAGAAGCAGCAACAUGUGGAGGAGGCAGCAGAGAGCGCCAAAGAGGCGUUGAAGCAGGAGGAGCAGAGCGCACUGGUGGCGGCGAAGGAGAAGCAGGAAUCAGAGCACGAACACGAGCCAGCUGUACCCUCGGUAGCGUUGGUUGUACAGCAAGAGAAAGUAGAGGGCGAGGAAGUAAAAAAGUCGCAAAGUUGAUUGAUGAAUGCAACAGUAGUGAAAGCAUUUGUCUAAAGCAGUCGAAAGCACACUAACAUGUUUGAGUGUACAACGUCAUUUAUUGCAACG